GCAAUGUGCGAAUAGGAUGAUGAAUAUUUUUGUAGACUUUGGUUACUUCUUUAUCAAUUUCCAGACGUGGGUAUAGCAUAGAAUGAUUUUCAUGAUCAUCUUUUUCAACAAGCAUCUGUGCUAAAACAGAGUAAAGUCAAUCGCUGUGGGACCAACUUGAUCAUUCUAAACAACUUUGAAAGUUAAAAGUUCUAUCUUUGUGAGAUACUCUUCUUAUCUUUUUACAUCAAAGUCAUCAUCUAAUAAAAAUCAAUGGACCGAAUUGAACAUCUUUUUUUUUUUUUCAAAAAGUAUCAACUUGCUUUGAGACCAAAGUGAUUACUUUAAGGACGGCAAUGGGCCAACGAAAUGAAAACAUACAUUGAAUUGUGAUUAAGCAGCAAUUAAUAAAAUGGAAAUAACUAAUAUCCCUUCUCAUUUCAACCAGGUAAGCUGCAUCAAUCCACUCAGGUCCCAGCAGGAAUAAAUGCUCCCAUUGUAUUCACAAUACCUCUUUUCCAUGACCUGCUAUCUCACUGGAUUUCCAUGACAUUUCAUACACAACCUUCUCAUGAUCUUUUGUUUUACCACUUCGUGUUACCAACAUCAUGCAUUAGAGAAUCAGUAGUACUGCUGAGUUGUAAUCAGGCUUAAUUACGUGCAUACACCGUUACUUCUUCCAUGGCCUUGCAAGGAGCUUCUUCUUCUUCUUCCUUUUUUUCUUUCACCGACCGCUGGGCAUACGAUGUAUUCUUGAGUUUUAGAGGUGAAGAUACUCGCAAUAAUUUUACUGCCCAUCUAUAUGAUGCUCUAGAUCGAAAGGGAAUCAACACCUACAUAGACUAUGAACUUAGAAGAGGAAAGGAAAUUUCACAGGCACUUCUCAAAGCUAUUGAAGAAUCAAGAAUUGCGAUCAUUAUACUCUCUCAAAACUAUGCAUCAUCCACAUGGUGCUUAGACGAGCUGAUGAAGAUCCUUGAUUGUAAUAAAACAAGGCAACAAAUCAUUCUUCCUGUGUUUUACAACGUAGAUCCAUCAGAAGUACGACAUCAAAGAAAGAGUUUUGGUGAAGCAUUUGCAAAACAUCAACAUAGGUUUAAUGAUGACAUGAAGGUGCGGAGGUGGAAGGAAACACUCGAAGAGGUGGCCAACUUGUCCGGGUUUCAUUUAGGGAACAGGAACGAAUCUGAAUUCAUCAACGAAAUUGUUGAAGAGGUUUUGAGAAUAGUAAAUCGUAUAUACUUAAGCGUUGCCAAGUAUCCAGUUGGAAUAGAAUCUCAUAUAAAAGAUAUUAAUUUGCUUCUAAGUAUUGGGAUGAAUGACAUACGCAUGAUAGGGAUCCUUGGAGUUGGUGGAAUUGGAAAGACAACCAUCGCCAAAGCAAUCUACAACUCAAUUGCUUAUCAGUUUGAAGCUAGCUGUUUUCUUGCAAAUAUUCGAGAAACUUCAAAUCGAGAGGGUGGUCUAAUGCACCUGCAGGAGACACUUCUUUAUGAGAUCUUAGGAGACUCUAAGAAUUUCAAAGUUGGUAGUGUUGAUAGGGGAAUCAAUGUGAUAAAGCAUAGGCUCUGCUCUAAAAAGAUUCUACUGAUUCUUGACGAUGUGGAUAAGUUGGUCCAAUUAGAAACUCUAGCCGGAGAUCAUGAUUGGUUUGGUUUAGGAAGUAGAAUCAUCAUAACAACAAGAGAUCAAAAUUUAUUGACUAGUCAUGAAGUUGAUUCAACAUACAUGAUGAAUGAGUUGGAUCACGACAAAGCUCUUCAGCUCUUUAGUUUACAUGCCUUCAAGAGAGAAAAGCCUAUUGAUGAUUAUGCAGAACUAACAGAAGAUGCAGUAAGAUAUGCAGGGGGUCUUCCACUAGCUUUAACGGUUCUAGGUUCAGAUCUAAAAGGUAGAAGCAUACAUCAAUGGAAAAGUGCAUUGGAUAAGCUCAAGAGAAUUCCUAACAAAGAUAUUCAAAUGAUACUUAGAACAAGUUAUGAUGGAUUGGAUGAUAAUGAGAAGGAUAUUUUCCUUGAUAUUGCUUGUUUCUUCAAAACAAAAGAUGUAGAUUAUGUCAUCAAAGUAUUAGAUAGUUGUCGUUUCUUUCCAGAUGAUGGCAUUCAAAGGCUCAUGGAUAAGUGUCUCAUAAGUGUUGAUGAGAGUGGAAAAUUGUGGAUGCAUGACUUGCUACAAGAUAUGGGUAGAGAAAUUGUUCGACAAGAAUCACCUAAAGAACCUGGCAAACGUAGUAGAUUAUGGUUUCAUGAAGAUGUUCGUUAUGUACUAGAAGAAAAUACGGUAACAAACAAAAUUGAAGGGAUAUUGAUAGAUUUGCCAGAACGAGACUUGAUAUGCUUAGGUUCCAAAGCAUUCAUGAAGAUGAAAAGACUCAGAAUAUUUAUAAAUCGCAAUGCAUGUUUAUCUGGAGGGCCUAAUUACCUUUCUAAUGAGUUAAGCUUGCUUGAUUUGGGUGAAUGCCCUUUGCAAUCUUUGCCAUCCAAUUUUCAUGGAAAAAAACUCAUCGACUUUCAGAUCCGUAGUAGCCUCAUAAAAGAAUUGGGGGAGGGAAUCAAGAAUUUUCAGAACCUGAAGUUUAUGAGUUUCUAUGAUUGUAAAUUCCUAACAAAAAUUCCUGAUAUCUCAAGGAUCCCAAAUUUAGAGGAACUGUAUCUUCGUAAUUGUGAAAGUUUAAUUGAAGUUCAUGAUUCUGUUGGUUCCCAUGAUCAUCUGACCUCUUUAUCAUUCUUCGGAUGCUCAAGCCUUAAAAGUUUUCCAAGAAGCCUCAGGAUGAGAUCUCUAGAAUCUCUUGUCCUUGAAGAUUGUUCAAGCCUUCAAAGUUUUCCUGAUAUUGAGUGUGAGAUGGAAUGCUUAAGAUUCAUUAAAUUCGACCAAGCUCCUAUAAAAGAAUUGCCUUCAUCCAUUGGGUAUCUCACUGGCCUGCAGGAUGUAUACAUAAAAGGCUGUAAAAACCUUAUGCAUCUCCCAACUAACAUUCUUGAGCUGCAGCAUUUACGCAAUCUUUGUGUCGAAAAUUUUUCAGAACUUGUUAAGCUUCCAAAGAAGGAGAAGGAGAAGGAGAAAAGAUGUUCCACGCCCUGUGUCAUGUCAACAGAAGAAUGUGAAAUUUCAUCAAAUGAAAGAAUAUUUGAAUCUCUGUGAUUGUGUCCUAUCAAAGUCUGACUUCUUUA